CGAAGAGCUUUGGCCACCAUCACACUGUCAAACUGACGAGGAUACGGUAACAUGCCUGACAGGUUCACUCUGCUCACUCUCAGCUUUUCUUUCAUACUUCACAAUGUUUGUAGUUGGAGAGUGAGUGAACCUCUCAACCACACAAUCAAUGAUGAUGGCUCAGUCAGUGUCACAUGCAUGUGUGAUAAUGAAAAAAAUGAAUUGGAGGCUAAGUUGAAAAUGAAUAAUGAAUAUGUUUGUGAGCUUUAUGACAAAAGCCAAGCACAAACAGAAACCAAGUGUAAUUGGCAUAAUGAGGGCAACAAAUUUGUAUUCACCUUGAUGAAACCUGAGGCCUUUCUCAAAAAUACAUUUACCUGUGUGAUAUCCAAAAUAAAACCACUUCCAAUCGAAACUAAAGAAGGACCGAGCAUUAAGCUUUUGCGAGGCUGCAGAACCACUCUGGCUCCACAGAAGAAAAGCUGUUCAUUCCCUAACCAAACACAUAACCAGAAUCACACAGCUGUAGAAAGGCCCAUACUUGAAGACAAGUAUGUCCUACUAUUCUGCGGCCUGAUAAUAACGCUGGCAAUGCUGACUCUCUACAGCAUUAUUCUUACUGCAUGCUACAUCAGAUUGAGGGACAAAAAUAUGGAGUCUUCUGACACUCUGACCUACGUGCCAAUGCAGAGGAACGUAAAUCGGCAUGAUCUAGACAACACCGAAUAUGUGGACAUGCGUGAAGUGCAGAAACGGGGAGGAUCCCACAGAGAUAUGAACCACAACUCUCGUCUUGCUUUCUGAGCCCAUUUCUAAUGGCAUCAGUGAGCUCAUGCUUUAAAUGCUCUAGGACUUACUGCUGGAUCAAUUAUACUUAAGCUACACUAAAGAAUAUCGCAAGACAAAAUAUUGCCUUUCUACUAGAUUUUCCUGAAUGUCUGAAUCUGCAUAUGGCUGCUAUACUUCAUUCAACUGCUCACAUUACACAGUCUUGAUGUUCUCUAUGUCAGAUGGUUUCAUCUGGUUGCUUGUACAACUACCUAAUGCUAACCUAAUGUAGCUAUGCCAAGCUAAAUGUAUAUAAAGUCUCUAAAGUCUUGGCCAUUAUUUUGGUCCCAUGGACCAACAAUCAAUGAUAGUAUCAUUGUUCAAUGCUUUUUUUCUUCAGCUAUUCUAUCUUUUUUCUAACCAUAAAUAUAUAAUAAAGAGACUAUA